UUCCAAGGCAUACCCUAUGCUCAUCCACCCGUCAGCUCCCGAAGAUUUAUGCCUCCAGAGUUGUUCAAUGGUCGAUACCCAAACGGGCAUCUAGACGCGACAAAACCACCACCCGCAUGUAUUCAAUGGGGGUCUCUCUUUGAUGUGACCGACACCCCCUUAUCAGAAGAUUGUUUAUAUCUAGAUGUCUAUGUCCCCCAACACGCAACAUCCAAAUCAUCUCUCCCCGUCAAAGUCUGGGCUUACGGCGGCGGCAACGACGGAGGAGCCCUCACGCUCCCCCUCUACGACUCCUGCAACCUAGCCACAGAUGCCAUCGUCGUCAAAUUCAACUACCGUCUAGGUCCUUUCGGUUUCCUAGCACUGCCAGAUGCCGGCAUCAAAGGAAACAUGGCAAUCCAAGACUAUCUUGCGGCUCUCACCUGGGUAAAACACAACAUCAAGGCUUUUGGCGGCGAUUCAUCCAAAGUUAUGCUCUUUGGUCAGAGUGCCGGCGCAGAUGAUACGUUUGUGGUUUCAACGCUGCCCGAGGCAAAGGGUCUGAUCUCUGCUGCUGUGAUGGAAUCUGGAGGA